UAACUGUAAGUCUGAAACUUCAAUUUUAUUUAUAGAAACAAAAUAAUGAAUAAUCCAUGGAAGUAUAUAAUUAUAAAAUGAGGUUAGAUUUUUUUUGUUUUGCUGUUUCCAUUUUCCAACAAGGCGGUGGACCACUUACAGACUUGUCUAAAGAUCGGUAUAACAACCAACAAACCAACGUAAACUUCAGUUAUUAUUCAACCGAAUUCUUUUCUUAAGAAAAACUUGGUUAUUUUAGGAAAAGGUUUGAUUUCUUGAAGUGAUUCUUUUCUCUACAUAUCUAUGUUCGUCAAGAAUUCGUCAAUUUCAAGAAGACUCCAUGUUCUUUACCCGUCUGGGCGGUCACGCAUCAGGUGCCUUUGUCUGUAGUAUAAGUAUGGUUUCAUCUUGAGAUCUGCAUUCAAGGUGUUGUGAAAAUUUUUAGCGAUUUUAAUUUAGGUGGUGAUGUUUAGAAUUCAGAAAAGGCAACUGGGUUCCUGCUGAAGGAGCUUGAAUUGAGAACAUGAUUCAAGUCAUUAUUAACUAUUAGGUGAGUUGAUUUUUCAACCCUACAAUUCUGAAAUAGAUCUUUUUACUUGCUGGAGAUGCAAAUAUGGGGAAGAUCUCUGAAUACAGAGAAAGGUUGGACAGGACACUGGCAUCCCCUGAACUGACAAAUGAUGAUGCCCUUAAAACCCUUAUCAGGAACCAACUCCAAUCUUCUGCUAGUGAGAACGAAGGAUGUAGUGAAAAUGUAAUAGAAAAAAAGACUGCUGAAGUAUCUUAUUUUCUUGACAUGUUAAGGAGUGCUUCUGUUGGUGAGCAUGGUGAAUGGAAAUUAAAAGAUGAUAAUGAAGAGUACCGUGUCAUGUAUCGCCAAGGACCUCAUGGUAGUCCUCUUCACACGUUACUUGUUGAAGGCUAUGUAGAUGGACCUGUUGAUGUUUGUUUAUGUAUCUCUUGGGAGUCAUCCCUCUACAGGAAAUGUCUUUCCAGGUGGCCGCAGAUCAGUUUUCCACCUUUUAAAAUUACUAUCUGCAAAUGUUUGCAAAAAGUACGGAUUGGUGAACAAAUAUCUUUAGUGAGGGUGAAGAUAACGUGGCCGCUAUCAGCUAGGGAGGUUGUUGCACACUAUUUCUUAUUUGAAUACCUCAAAGAUGGUUUGGUUGUUGCUCUUGUAAAUUCGAUCUCAGAUUUGGAGAGCAUUGACAAAAAUACUCAUGGAUUUACCAGGGAUGGGAUCCCUGACAUGAUGGACGUGGUAAGGAUUGGCUUGGUAGGAGGUUUUGCGAUACAAAAAGUCACCUCAGAAAGAAGUUACUUCCGGACUAUUGCAACUAUGGAUAUGAAACUGGACUUUGUCCCUCCAUCCCUUAUAAACUUUGUCUCCAGGCAGCUUAUUGGCAGUGGUUUCAGACUCUAUCAAAAGGCCGUGGCUUCUGUGUCCAGCUAUGAUGAAGAUUACAAAAAAGCUUUGGAGGAUCCAAUGUAUGCUCGAAUUCGUGAGGCUCUUUAUUCUGUUGAUGAUCCUAAUGAGACUAUGAAAGGGAAAGAACUCAGGAAUGGUGUUUGCCUUCUGCCACAAGAUCAUUCUACAAAAGAUGUGCAGAAAAGCUUGGGCGAUAUGGAACGGAAUAUUCACGUAGGUGACUCUGCAAGUGAUUCUUUGCUAGAUAAUGAACAAGUUACAGACAAGGAAGGUUCUUGUGAGAUUGAAGAAGAGGAGAGGGAAGAAAAUAGACACUUGAGGGAUGAAAUCAAGGAUACAGAACAGGCUGUAGAUUGUAAUGACCAUGUAAUUGAAAUUUUGCAAAAUACUGCAGAUUCUAGGGAUAGGAAAACAUUUGGUGAAAUUGUGGAAGAAGAGAGUGAUGAUAGUGUAGAAUUAGAGAAUGGAGACAAAAGUAUAGAUCAACCCUUAACCUAUAAAGCUGCACAUGAUAGUCCUGUGAACUAUAAAACAAAUGUUCUUCUUAGUCCUCAGGUGGAACGAGCUUUAGCAACUCUUGAGAAGGCUAUUUCGUUGGUUCGGGAAAGUGGACUUAAUAGUCUAGCUGGGAAUUCCUCUGGCUUAACCGGAGUUGAUGCUCCAAAUCUACAAAAGGGUGCAGAAAAGGAUUUGACUUCUGCAGAACAUAGUGCAUCAUCUUCAGAUACUGAGUUCUCUGUUGACAUAACCGAAAAAGGAAAAAUAGUGGAGAGGACUUCACAUGAAUCCAGGAAUAGCUCCAACAAUUAUGGUGUCAGGCGCGAAGGAUCAGAUUCUUGCAACAGGGAAGUGAACCAUAACAAGAUAGCACCAGCAUCAUCAGAACAAUAUUUUUCAAUUCCUAGUGAAAGCAACCAAGUCUUGGGUUCUUCCGAAGAUGGGAUCGCAGACCUACCAAAUAUAGACGUAAUGUCGCAGGAGAAUAAGCAAAUGAACAUUGAGGUAAAUGGCAUCCAUGAAAAUAGAUUGCAAGAAAAGAAACAAUCGAGUCGGAAGAAAAACAAUAAGUUGUGUUGCUUUGGUCUCCAAUGCCGGUAAGUGAUACCUUGAGAAGGAAGAAAUUAAGAAUAGCAAAGAGAACUUCAAAACAUAAUUUGGAGCCUCCAUAUAUAACUCCAGAAGUGGAUUUGCGGUAUGCUUAAACAGAGAUUACUUUGCAUAUAGAUUACUGUUGUGUGUUGUAAUAUUAUAUUAUAUUCUGUAUAUCUGUGCUUUUAAUUAAAUCUUAAAUUUUGUAUUUUUUUCACAAAGAUUUCACAGUUGGUUGUAUACCUGAGGCUGAUAUUUUGCCAUGUAAAAUUUUGAGUCUAACAAAGAACUGUAAAUUUUAUUUGGCACUGUUUUCUUUCCUCCUUGUA